CGGUUGCUCAAGCUAAGUUGCACCCGUGAGAUGAACAUCUGAGGCUGCUGUUGGGUAUGGGCUAAGCUUCAGUACGACGCCGUUGCAAGUGGAUGAUUGAUGCGAACAGGUUUAUAAACGACAGUGGCUAGCCGCAAACGACACUACAGGCCCGGUAGUUGCAGAAGAGGGAGAAAGAGAAGAUUUUGGUGAGGAAGAGAAUCAAAAAUGGCUAUAACACUGAACAGUGGCUUCAAUAUGCCGAUAAUCGGUCUCGGAGUUUGGCGUAUGGACGACAAGGACAUAAAGAGCCUCCUCAUCAAUGCCAUCAAUAUUGGUUAUCGUCAUUUCGACUGUGCUGCUGAUUACCAGAAUGAAGCAGAGGUGGGGGACGCACUUGCAGAUGCAUUUAAGACAGAGCUAGUGAAGAGGAAGGAUCUUUUCAUCACUACCAAGCUUUGGAAUUCAGACCAUGGACAUGUUCUUGAGGCCUGUAAAGACAGUUUGAAGAAGCUUCAGCUAGAUUAUCUGGAUCUGUACCUUGUUCACUUCCCUAUAGCCACAAAGCAUACAGGAGUUGGUACAACUGCCAGUGCACUAGGAGAGGAUGGUGUCCUAGACAUAGACACUACCAUAUCCUUGGAAUCUACCUGGCAUGCUAUGGAAGAGUUGGUUUCCUUGGGCUUAGUACGCAGCAUAGGGAUCAGCAACUACGACAUUUUCCUAACCCGAGAUUGCUUAGCUUAUGCCAAAGUGAAGCCCGCUGUGAAUCAGAUAGAAACACACCCUUACUUCCAGCGUGAUUCUCUUGUAAAAUUCUGUCAAAAGCAUGGCAUCUGUGUUACAGCCCACACGCCUCUAGGGGGUGCUGUAUCUAACACCGAAUGGUUUGGUUCAGUAUCGUGUUUGGAUGACCCAGUCCUCAAAGGUCUAGCCGAUAAAUAUAAGAAAACUGUGGCCCAGAUUGUUCUCCGCUGGGGUAUCCAACGCAGCACAGUUGUCAUUCCAAAGUCAUCAAAACUCGAGCGACUGGCGGAGAAUUUCAAAGUUUUCGACUUUGAGCUAACCAAAGAGGACAUAGACGUUAUAAAAAGUAUGGACCGAAACCAUCGGACCAAUCAACCCGCCAAAUUCUGGGGUAUCGAUCUCUAUGCAUAAGUAUGUCGAUAAUCAGUGAAGAGAUACCCUAAUGUGUUCUGUAAAAGCAUAAGGGCAGUGCAACAUCCAUUCUAGUUGUUCUGGCGUUUGAAAACCUGACAAUGAUACGUUUAUGUCAUUUUAUAAACUCAAGAGGCCUGUGAAUGGAAAACCAUGUGUUUUUCAUAGUGUGUAGGUAUCAAUAGAGUAUAAUCCUUGAACAAAAGGAGAUACAUUCCAUUUAGACCUAAUGAUCUCCGGAAUUUCUGCUCAACCUCACUCCGAGGAGAAAGUAU